CAUUGUUGGACUACUCAGACUCUAUCCUGACUCUGACUUUCUACAGAAUGAAACCUAUUUGCUCCCUUCUCAUCUUCAUCUCCCUUCUCCAGCUGAUGAUCCCAGUGAAGACUGAGUGGACCUUAAAGUCUUUGGUGGAGAAAAAUAUCCAUGAAGCCCUCAACACUCAAGGGAACAUAUGGGGUGCUAAAAAGGUUUCAUGCACUAGUGUCGCCUCAUCAGCCAAGAUGGCCACUUGUCCUGCUGGGAUGACUGUCACUGGUUGUGCUUGCGGAUUUGCCUGUGGUUUCUGGGAUGUGAAGAAUGAAACUACAUGUCACUGCCUGUGUCCUGUCAGACUGUACCACUGCCCUCUGCUGUCAACUGGCCUGAGAUGAAGAGGUUAAGAACCCAGUUGUACAAUGCUGACUUUAAAGAAACCAUGAUCUCAACCAGGAAUCUUGACUCAAAAUGUCAUAAUACAUUCAUUUUGUGUAAUAUUCCUGCUUCU